AUGGCACCAUCUCAUGUUGUGAGGUUCUGCCAGCGGGGUUUAGCCUGGAUUCCGGUUAUUUUUAUUAACCUGGUGAUCUGCUGGUCCUAUUACGCCUAUGUGGUGGAGCUGUGCAUUUAUACAAUCCCUCGUACUGAAGAACAAGUUAUUUACCUGAUCGUGUUUCAUAUCAGCUUUGUAAUGUUUAUAUGGUCGUACUGGACGACCAUCGUUUCCAAACCCAGCAGCCCUUCAAAAGAGUACUGUUUACCCAAAGCAGACAGAGAUCAGUACGAGAAAGAGGAAAGUCCCGAGGCUCAGCAGGAAAUUCUGAAAAAAGUGGCGCUGAGUUUACCAGUAUACACACGGACGGGAUCUGGAGCUAUCCGGUACUGUGAACUCUGUCAGGUUAUCAAACCGGACCGAUGCCACCACUGUUCCACGUGUGAUAAGUGUGUGCUGAAGAUGGAUCAUCACUGCCCCUGGGUGAAUAACUGCGUGGGCUUCUCGAACUACAAGUGCUUUGUGCUGUUUCUGGCGUAUUCCAUGCUGUACUGCGUCUUCAUCACAGCCACCGUGCUGCAGUAUUUUCUCAAGUUCUGGACACUUUGUCGAAGGAGAGCUGUAGAGAAUUGUCCAGAGAAUCAGCUGCCGGACACUCACGCCAAGUUCCACGUGCUCUUCCUGUUCUUCGUGUCGGCCAUGUUCUUCAUCAGCAUCCUCUCGCUCUUCAGCUAUCACAUCUGGCUGGUGGCCAAGAACAUGACCACUAUAGAAGCGUUCAGAGCGCCGGUGUUCAGGAACGGUCCCGAUAAAAGCGGCUUUUCUCUCGGCUGCAGGAAGAAUCUCGUUCAGGUGUUCGGAGACCAAAAGAAAUACUGGUGCUUCCCUGUUUACUCCAGUUUGGGUGACGGUUAUACCUUCCCUACUCGAUUAGUCAGCCGUGAUCCUGAGCAGGGCAUCACGGAGCACCAGGUCAACCCAAAAUGUGCUGCGGAUGGACAAACAAACUCUCGAGCUCUCAGUGAGUCUCAGAACCAUCUACUCAGCAGUGAUUUACACUCGGAGGAGCAGAAGGACGCCGGCACGGCGAACACCGGUGAGAUAGAAGUGGAUACAGUACGAGUGCAACAGGAUAAUGGAGAAGCGGUCGUGGUUGCCAUGGAGAGCGAAACAUAUCCAGAAGAGUUGGGAUUCGAACCCCCAGAUUUCUGGCAGGGCAUCACGCCACACCAGCUCACUUAUAAGAAGAAGAAUAGUGAGCAGAACAGAUCUGGGACCAGGGAUUAG